AUAGCCCAUAUUCUCGGAGCACAUCGCGAACGGGCAGUGUCCAGAAGGUGGCACCGCUGCUGAACAAGGCUCAACUACCGCAAGGGGUAUCGGCUGUUCGACCUCAUCUCGAAGAAAUCGACAACGUCCCGCUACAGGUUGGCCUCUUCACCGAUUCAACCCCCGGCGCCACAAAGGAAAUGAUCGCCAUCAUGCAGGAAUACGGUGAAUUCGUGUUGGCCGUAGGCUCGUCGCUAAACGUCGCCAAUGGCAGCAUUUUUGGCCAGGCCAACGUUUCAAUUUGUGUGGAGCCGUUGCGGGACGAUUGUCAGGCGACGAAAACGGAAAAAGUGGAGCCCCGGGUCAGAGCCGUCGCCCUCGCCACGGACUGCAUGAAGAUUGGGGCGAAUUUUGUGCUCCAGCACCAGCAGUUGCCCCUCCUCUCCGAGCUGAUCACCGCUUGUCGACAUCGGCUGUACUCGCUGAGGAUUGCGCUCCAAUUUCUGCUCCUCCUCUCCGGGUCCCUGUCACUUCUCGUGGCCCUUUCAGCCGCUCUCUAUCUCCCCAUCGUCUUCAAGCCGGACCAGAUGCUACUCUUCGUGCUCAUCUCUUUCCCAUUAAUCGCUACUUCACCUCUUUUGGGCUCAUUUCUGCCGCGGAAGAAGUUUGUGAAGAUUGCCGGCAAAAAUCAGGAACAUGUCAACCGGAAGGAAGUGGUCGGCGCCCUUUGGUCAUUUUGUAUACAAUUUCUGCCGAUGAUACUCUUCACGUUGGCGCUGUACUUUUUCUUGCUCGUCCGCCACGUCGAUUUCGAGUGCGAAUUCUCGGAUCUGGUGUGCUCGGUGGGAUAUCUGCACGAUGAAAGCGAGUCCAACGGCACCCUGACGGCCCAUCUGAAGCUGAACACCGAGCAAGUGCGGCAUUUGGUCGCGUUUCAGUUCCUCUGUUUCACCAUCGUCCACUCGUUAUCCUGGGCUUCUCCGCUAUUUCCGGUCUAUCAGAGCCGAGUAUUUCUCAGGCCUCUAUGGCUUUUGACAGUCAUGUUUCUACUCUUCCUGCAGCUUAUUUUUUCCACGAUAUCACUUGACGCGAAUCUUCUCAACCUCAUCACGACACCCCAGCUAUUCGGGCUUGUCGUUUGGAGCAUCUGUAUUCUUCUUGUAAACGAGGUCCGAAAACUGACGCAACGCCGCCUGUUCAUGCGGGAACAGCGCCGACGAAAAUUGGCAUUUGAUACUAAACUAGGCAUGAAUUCGCCAUAU